AUGUCUUUCGAUUCUGAGAACACCAAUAACACUACAAAGAAGAGUAGGAUACCUACACUACUGUCGUCGAAGAACAUUCCCCAUAGCCCAGGGUUUCCGGAUCCAUACGUAUUGAUUGGGGAUGCAUAUGAGCGAGUUUCGGCAGCUAAUGAAUGGGAGAUAGCCGACCCCGAAAAGCUACCGUAUCUGGCACACAUCAAGUCGCUAUCAACAUCAUGGAGAACCUUGCGACAUCUGGCCGACUGGAUGCAAGUUGGCACAACGCCGCUAAGAUAUAACGUGAUCAAACAUUACCCAGAAGAGAUGAAGAGACGUGCGGAAAAGACCAAUGUUACCUUGAUCGAGUAUCAGCCCGCCACAUCUCCCAAGACAAUAUCAAUCAAAUCUGCUCCGAAACUCCACGAGACGCUUCAGUCUUUCUCGUGCGACAGUGUGAGAGAGCCUCCUCUUCGACUGUUUGUCGUUGAAGAUCUCUCCCAACAGGUCAUCGAGCUGUUAGGCACUCGCUUCGACAUCGAUCCACUCUUCUUCCGCGAGCAGAUUGACGACUACGUUUGGCACAAUACUCGUGAUCCAUGGGCGUCGCCGCCUAGUCUCAUUUCGAAUAUCAAACACCAGGAUGAUUAUCAAGAAUCGAGACUAGAAGCUGAGAAGUGGAAUGUGCUUCGUCGCCCAGACAAUGAUGAGAACCAUUGGCGUUAUAAAGACAAGGAAGGUUCAGUCGUAUCCAUUAUGCGUACGCGUACUACAGUGUGGAUUGGGAAGGACAAGGAGUGUGGUAACGGAACUGUUGGGAUCGUAUUGUUAGAUCCUACCGUCAGACAGGGCCAUCCGCUUUGGUACGAUCGCAGUAAUUGGCUGCCUACGCCCAGUAUGGAGACAAAAGUCUAUCCGAAUGUCAGUUCCUCCACAUCAUGGUUCGAAGACAUUGUGCAAAUGACAUCCGCAUACCCGUGGUUCGAGCGAAACGAAGGUUAUAAGAUAAACCCACAAGUCCUCGUUAAACCAACCAUAUACACCAUCUGCGCGGAAUGGCUUGUAGUAUGCGACUACGUGAAGUCGCGACUUAGCCAGAUAGAAUGGGAGCUCGAGAUGCCGGACGUUUUCCGCUCAAAAGGCGACGUAAUCGACACUUCCCUGAAACGCUUGCACACAUGGCGCAGACAGAUCCCCGUCUUCCGCGAAAUGCUAAAAGAAACCUUGGAACAGGCGCUUCCAGCAGCCGUGCGUCUCACCAUAUCUUCAUCUCAGCCAACCGUCACGCCCACAUCACCGCUCUCCAUACUCUCAUUCUCUAACAACCUUAACAUCAACUCUGACAACCUUGAGGCUUUUGAUGACAUAAUUCCCGAUUUCCGACGUGUUCUUGCUGCCGUAAAUGAGCUUCAGGAACGUGUAGAUAGGCUCACUAGCAUCGUCACCUCUGAAAUUUCGAUUGAAGACUCACGGCGUGGAUUAGAAGAGAACCACAAUAUGGCACGGAUCACAUGGCUAGCGACGAUUUUCAUCCCUCUGACGUUCAUUUCAGGUCUAUACAGCAUGAAUGAGAGCGUCGCGGCACUGAGUACAACGUAUGGAUGGUACUUCUUAACUGCGAUACCAUUUACGCUCAUUGUCAUGGCGAUUGGGUGGGUGGCAGGGGGUGGGAGCUUAACGCCGUGGAGAGAAGGAAGUAAACAAAAAGGGACGAGUAGAUGGACGAAUGGGAAUAAGAAGAGGUGACGACUGUUAUGUUUCUGCGUCGAGCCAUGGCUCUCCUACGUGACCCCGAAAGUCUACACCAGACCAAUAGCCACAGGAGCUAUCGCACAAUGGAAUCAAGGGGAUAGGUACAUAGCCUCAAAUCACAUUUACAUGGCUG